AUGACCUCGUACACCAUCACCGAGCCGCACCCCACGGUCCUGCAAAAUUCCUUCACCCAUUCAGGACGAGGUGGAAGAGGCAAUUUCUUCCGCGCCCCAGCAACCACCUCCCCCAGCGGCGUCCCCACGCCAGCGACCCGCACCACCUCGGCCAGCACCCGAAACUACUUCACGGGUCGAGGAGGGGCAGGCAAUGCGCACGCGGCCGGCGAGCGGCCCGUGCUGUCCUUCGACGAGGAGUAUUCGCGCGCCGAGGUGCGCGAGAAGACGGCGAUUUUCGGGUAUGCUGGCAGGGGGGGAGCAGGCAAUAUAUUCCACGAGACCAGCAGCAAGAAGAGCGACGUCGAUGGCGAGGAACUGGCGCGCGCCGACUCGGCUAGCUCCGGUGGCAGCUCUCGGAGCGGCUCAAACGGGUUCUGGGAUCGCGUCAGGAGCAUCAGGCAUUAA